AUACAAAAAAAAGAAUAAAGCUAUUUGUACCCCAAAUUUUUGUACCCCAUUUGUACACCGCAGGGUGGGAGCUUGCCUGGGCACGAGAGAGGUCUUACAGCAUAAGGUCGUUCUAGUCCUACCCUUCUACGACUCCACCACCUUUCUCAAUAAUAACAACAACCCAACAUCACGGCUUUGAUGGCGGUUCAUUGCCAUCUGAAUAUUGCUCCCUACCUCAAUCCCCGCCGUACCCGGGCAACUUCUCCUCUCUCCUGCGCACAUUAUCGCCCACUCUUCCGCUCACCGAAUCUUCGCUUCUCUCCCAAGCUCCAGCUCAAGACUGAGAUUCUCUGUCAGGACUGUGGGGGGAGAAGGGGCGGCAUCGCCCUGAAGUGUGAAGCAAUGACGGAAAAGCGAUCCAUGUCUGAAGAUCGAAUGCUGGUCAUUGUUCCGCAGCAUCCUUUGAUAAAGCACUGGAUUUCUGUUCUCCGGAAUGAGCAGACGCCCUGCCCAAUUUUCAGAAAUGCCAUGGCUGAGCUAGGGAGAUUACUGAUGUAUGAAGCAUCAAGAGAUUGGUUGCCAACCAUAACAGGUGAAAUUCACACACCGAUGGCUAUCGCAUCAGUUGAGUUCAUUGAUCCUAGGGAACCAGUUGCGAUUGUUCCCAUCUUGAGAGCUGGUCUAGCUCUUGCGGAGCAUGCAUCUUCUAUCCUUCCAGCAACAAAAACUUACCAUCUGGGAAUAAGCAGGGAUGAAGAAACACUUGAACCAACUAUAUACUUGAACAAGCUACCUGACAAAUUUCCAGAAGGCUCUCGUGUUUUUCUUGUCGACCCUAUGCUGGCUACUGGUGGUACCGUAGUUGCUGCUCUUGAUUUGCUAAAGAAACUUGGAGUCGGGAACAAGCAAAUUAAACUGAUAUCUGCCGUUGCUUCCCCUCCAGCUCUUCAAAAGCUCAGCGAGAAGUUCCCUGGACUUCAAGUUUAUGCUGGAAUUAUAGACUCCGAAGUUAAUGACAAAGGGUUUAUAAUCCCGGGACUUGGAGAUGCAGGAGACCGUAGUUUUGGUACAUAAAUCAAGCAGACCCAACCCGUGCUUAAUCAAUUUACAAAUUUGAAAGUCCAUGGAAGAGAAUAUUUGGAGCUUUUCAUCCGUGCGGAGACCAAGUUUUACCAAGUGCUUGACUUCAAGUCAAGUGAGUUUUUGAUACAACAUUUCAAGUCAUUUCUCUUUAUCAUUCAUUGUUCUAUCAUACUUUGCAUCUACUGUCGAAGGGGAUAGCUUUAUUAAGGAUUUACCGGCCUAAGAUUUCAAGUAGAUUGGAUUCACCCAAGACUAUUGAGUUUUCAUAGCUUUUGCGGUGAUUUAUUUGGACAUUACAAGAUUUGGUUCUUGAAAAAAAUAAUAGUUUAUAUACAGCUUAUAUAUACUAUCUUGUUAUACAGCCAAAUUUUUGUUAUUUCGUAUACAAGAAAAGAUCUUUUUGGUU